AACCUGAUGUUGGUUGUAUUUUCUUCAUUCAAGAUGGCGUCUGUUCCUGGGCAUAUCAGUUCGAGUUCCGCUCCAGCUCAACUUGGAACUUAUAAUUUCAGAGCGAAUGAUGUCGGUGGAUACGAUGUAGAUUUUGUCGAUCGUGUGAAUCCCGACUAUGAGUGCCCAAUCUGUCAAUUUACCUUUCGAGACCCAGUUCAAACAAGAGACUGUGGGCACAGAUUUUGUGAAAGCUGUUUAGAACCAAUUUUAAGGAAGACACCAUCAGUUUGUCCAAUUGAUAGACGUACAUUAUCUCGAGACAAGGUUUAUCCAGACAGAGCAUGCAAGCGUACUAUUAUGUCAUUAAUGGUUCGUUGCUACAAUUUCGGAAACGAUUGUGAAUGGACUGGAGAACUAGGAAGUUUGCAAGAUCACAUUGAGCAGUGUCAAUUAGUACCAGUUGAUUGUGUGAAUGCAUGUGGUAGGAGUGAUAUUCCAAGAAAUCAGAUGAACCAACAUAUAGAUUCUGAUGGUGACUGUCCUCUUGCAGUGGUUGCAUGUAGGUACAGCGAUGUCGGAUGCAAGUUUAAGUGUCGUCGGUUGGACAUGGUGCAACAUAUCCAGGAGACUAUCGAGCAACAUCUCGAUCUAGCGCAUACACGCAUCAGAGAACUGGAAGUACGCCAAGAAAAUAUAUGCAUGAACGGGAAGUUUUUAUGGAAAAUAUCUAACUAUGACCACCUCAUGAAACAGUCUGCUACGAAGAAAGACAAAGAAAAGCUUUGCAGUCCACCAUUUUAUACUGGUCAGUAUGGCUACAAACUUCGAGCUGAGGCUUUUUUGAAUGGCUUAGGACAAGGCAAAGGUUCCCAUUUGUCGUUGUAUGUUGUCAUCAUGAAGGGCGAAUAUGACGCCAUUUUGCCGUGGCCGUUCAAACAAAACGUCGACUUUUUCUUGAUGGACCAAGACGACGAUAUUUCGAACCGUCAAAACAAGGUGUGGAAGCUUUCAUGCGAGAGAAAUAGUGAUUAUUUUAAACGGCCAACGAAAUCGAAAAGUCUUGGCUUUGGAUGCCCGAAAUUUGUAUCGCUGGAAACACUAGCGACACGAAACUAUAUCCGAGAUCAAACGAUAUUUAUAAAAAUUGUAGUAGAACCCACAGAUGGACUUAUAUUUAACCCGAGUGUCACAACACAUUAACGUGGAGUCCUGUUGUCUUGAUUAUUAAUCGAGAUAAUUUAUUGCUGCUAUUUUGCGGCAUUGGAUAUAACAAUGCAGAUAAACUUUCAAGUGUAUAAAAAAAUUACGUCUUUUUAAGUUAUUAAUGUAUUAGGAUUUUAUUUUUGUGCGAUGGUUAUGUUUUGAAAUUUGUAGUGAGGUUUACCUCAUUAACAUACUCUACAUGAAAUUUUCGCUGAAGUUUUAUUUUGAUGUGGCUAUUUUAGCGCAUGUAGGUUUUUGAUAUUCUCGUGCGUAGCGAAUUUUCAUUCACAUGAAUGAUAUAAGUAUGUCUUUAACUGCAAUAUAUAUCUCACUUCUUAAUACACUGAAUUUGGAUUUGAGAAAAAGAAAUUCAUCGCAUAAGGGCAAUUUAAUUUUCACGCAACUAAAUUACACGAGCCAGCUUAUUUUGCCGAUCUCAUGCGAAAAGUUUUUGUGUUAACAUAUAGAACUUACUUCAAUUUAACAAAAUAUUUAGGAGUGUUUUAAUUAUUUUUCUCGUUAUUGUCAAAAUAUUUGUGAUAUGUGUUUGGAUCGUGCAGUUUAAGAAUGUUAUUGUGUUGCAUUGUUUACCAAUAAUUUUGUUUUGUUUUUCAUGUCUUCCUUGCUCCUGAUGUAAAAAAAUUCAUCAAAAUAAUCAAAGUAGUUGCUUUUACAUAAUUAUUUUUUGGCAAUUUUUUUACUCACACAUGUUAUUCGCGCACACAUGCUUUUAUAAACAUAGUUUUUUUUAUCUCAGCUUUAGUACCUCAGACAGAACUAUUCUAAUGACAGAGUUAUGAUUUUCUAAAAAUUUCCUGUGUUUUUGGCCAAAAAUAUUUCGCAGAUGCCUAAUUUUUUUCAGUUUUUUUUCGUUUCUUCAGUUUCUUCUGUUAGAGCCGUUGUGCGUAUUAAUCUUUUGAGAUAAAACUAACUAACUAACCAACAACCUUUAACUGUAUGGGUGUAUAUAGUAAAUUCUGUAUAUAAACAAAUGAUUUUUUAACACGACAAUUUACGUUAACGUUUACCCCCCUACCGUUUCAAGUUUUACCUUUAAAAAUUCUAACUUUAGCUCUUGUUUGCUUUAAGUUUUCUGAAUUGCUAAGUUGGUUUAUAAAACAAAUUUUUCCACGUUAAAUUCAACCUUCCAGUAAAUUAUCAACCAUUUCAAUGAAGGGAGACAGUAUAGCUAACUCUUUUAUGGAUAGGAAAGUGUAACUAUAUGAAAAUAGUAUUUUGUAUUUUUCUCUCUAUUCGUGCAAUAUUUAGUUUUUAUUGGCAUGUUUGACCUUUGCAGGAUAUGUAAAGUUACAUCAAUUUAAUAUAAACUCUACAUAAGU